AUGCGCAGCGGCAAGCGCGAAGGGUGGGAGAAGGCGAUGCAAGAGGAGAUCGCCACGCUCGAGGCCAACGACGUCUGGACUAUCACAAGGCGAACGGCAGGACAGCAUGCUCUGCACACCAAAUGGGUCUACAAGACCAAGACAGAUGCGCAGGGCGACCUCGAGCGGCUGAAGGCGCGACUGGUGGCGUGUGGCAACGAACAGGUGCUUGGCGUCGACUACACGCUCACCUUCGCUGCCGUGAUGGACCUAUCGACGGUCAGAGUGAUCUUGGCGCUUGCGGCUAUCGGGAAGGGGUUCCUGCCAAGCACGGCGACCUUUCAAACGCCUACGUAA